CCAGUAAAAAUACUGGCUAAUAUUUAUCAUAAAAUAAUAAUAAAAGAAAGUAGCACACUCGAGAGGGUUGAGAACCGUCGUCAACUAAACGCACAUGUGAACGAAAUGAAAAGUAUCUUGAAUUAGCUAAUUGAAAUGUUUUUCUAUCCUUACUCUUACUUCUCACUACCACCCUGACUCUCUCUCUCUUCCACCUUUUGUUUUUGUCUCAACGCAAUUAUUUUGAGAACCAGACAACCACCCACCGCUUCCUUACUAUUUCUCACACCCUUUGCAUAAACUGGCAUAAAUUAGGCAUUGAAAACACCACCACUAGUUAAAGCCAGCUUCAUCUAAUUUCCAUUUCCCAUUCCCAUUCUACUCACACACUCUUCCCAUGAGUUCGUUUCGUAAACCCUUCGUGGCCAUUCUCUGGGUUGUUCUGUUUCUGGGUCUCCAUGAGGCAGCGGAACCAGAGAAGAGCACAUACAUUGUACACGUGGCGAAAUCGGAGAUGCCGGAGAGCUUCGAGCACCACGCGCUGUGGUACGAGUCGUCGCUCAAGACCGUGUCUGACUCGGCGGAGAUUAUGUACACCUACGACAACGCGAUCCACGGCUACGCGACGAGGCUAACCGCUGAGGAAGCGCGUUUGCUCGAGACCCAAGCGGGGAUUCUGGCUGUCCUCCCGGAGACGAGGUACGAGCUUCACACUACGAGGACGCCCAUGUUCCUCGGACUCGACAAGAGCGCCGACAUGUUCCCCGAGUCGAGUUCCGGGAGUGACGUCAUCAUCGGAGUCCUCGACACCGGCGUCUGGCCGGAGAGCAAGAGCUUCGACGACACGGGACUUGGGCCUGUUCCGAGCACCUGGAAAGGCGCGUGCGAGACGGGAACGAAUUUCACCGCGUCGAAUUGUAACAGAAAGCUGAUCGGAGCGAGGUUUUUCUCGAAGGGUGUUGAAGCCAUUCUUGGUCCUAUUAAUGAAACCGAGGAGUCGAGAUCAGCGCGCGACGACGACGGCCACGGCACCCACACGGCCAGCACAGCCGCGGGGUCGGUGGUAUCCGACGCGAGCCUCUUCGGCUACGCGUCCGGGACAGCACGUGGGAUGGCCACGCGCGCUAGAGUUGCUGCAUACAAGGUGUGCUGGAAGGGAGGAUGCUUCAGCUCCGACAUUCUUGCCGCUAUCGAGAGGGCAAUAUUGGACAACGUAAACGUUCUGUCUCUGUCGCUCGGUGGUGGCAUGUCGGAUUAUUACAGAGACAGUGUCGCUAUUGGAGCUUUUUCCGCUAUGGAGAAUGGGAUUUUAGUUUCAUGCUCCGCUGGGAACGCGGGCCCCAGUCCCUACAGUCUCUCCAAUGUGGCUCCAUGGAUAACUACCGUGGGCGCUGGUACACUGGAUCGUGACUUCCCCGCUUACGUUGCGCUCGGGAAUGGCCUUAACUUCUCCGGCGUUUCGCUCUAUCGCGGUAACGCUGUGCCGGAUUCUCCUCUGCCUUUUGUUUAUGCGGGUAAUGUGAGUAACGGCGCUAUGAAUGGGAACUUGUGUAUCACGGGAACGUUGUCUCCUGAGAAAGUUGCUGGGAAGAUUGUUUUGUGUGACCGUGGGUUAACUGCUAGGGUUCAGAAAGGCUCCGUGGUGAAAUCCGCCGGAGCGUUGGGCAUGGUGCUCAGCAACACCGCUGCCAACGGCGAGGAGCUGGUGGCGGAUGCUCAUUUGUUACCUGCCACCGCGGUUGGGCAGAAAGCCGGUGACGCUAUUAAGAAGUAUUUGUUUUCUGAUGCGAAACCGACGGUGAAGAUUUUGUUUGAAGGCACAAAGUUGGGGAUUCAGCCAUCUCCUGUGGUGGCAGCGUUUAGCUCUAGAGGACCCAACUCGAUCACCCCGCAGAUCCUUAAGCCAGAUCUUAUCGCGCCAGGUGUCAACAUCCUAGCCGGGUGGUCCAAGGCGGUGGGACCCACCGGGUUACCCGUUGAUAACAGGCGCGUGGAUUUCAACAUCAUUUCUGGCACGUCCAUGUCGUGCCCUCACGUGAGCGGCUUAGCCGCGCUGAUCAAGUCGGCUCACCCUGAUUGGAGCCCAGCCGCGGUCCGAUCGGCUCUUAUGACAACGGCUUACACAGUUUACAAAACCGGUGAGAAGCUGCAAGACAGCGCAACGGGAAAGCCCUCCACGCCGUUCGAUCACGGUUCCGGACACGUGGACCCCGUCGCUGCCCUCAAUCCAGGACUCGUCUACGAUCUAACGGUGGAUGAUUAUUUAGGUUUUCUCUGCGCGUUAAACUACUCAGCUUCCGAGAUCAACACAUUGGCCAAGAGAAAAUUCCAGUGCGACGCGGGCAAGCAGUACAGUGUGACCGACCUCAACUACCCUUCGUUUGCGGUGUUGUUUGAAUCUGGGGGCGUGGUUAAGCACACGCGGACUCUCACGAACGUGGGGCCCGCGGGAACUUACAAAGCUUCAGUAACGUCAGAUAUGGCUUCCGUGAAAAUCUCGGUUGAACCGCAAGUGCUGAGUUUCAAGGAAAAUGAAAAAAAAUCAUUCACGGUCACAUUUUCAUCCUCGGGUUCGCCACAGCAAAGAGUGAACGCUUUUGGAAGGGUAGAAUGGUCCGAUGGGAAGCACGUGGUUGGAACCCCAAUUUCGAUUAAUUGGGGUUGAUGCAAGGUUCAUCACUCACUCGAAUAGGGGGUGUGUCUUGAUUGGUUGACAUUGAUGAUAGCGGGGACCUCGUGCUUGAUUGGUGUUGGUUCUGUUUGUUCCCUGGGAGAAAUGUUGCAAAGGGGAAAAAAUGUUUGGCUCAUGUGUUUCUUUUCUUCCCGGUGUACAGCGUUCUAAUCAUUGAUGAAUAUUUUUCGUCGACCAUCUUGACAUUAAAGUUUAUGUUCAACUACUUUAAAGUGAAUUCAUUUAACUUUCCAUUUUAAUUUAAUGUUUGCAUCAAAGCCACUAGUAGUUGUAACCAUUCUCGUACGCUAUAUAGAUCUACAUUAAUGGUA